GGCGGGGAGCGGCGCGGAAGCCCGGCCACAUAAAGGAGCGGGCGGCGCGACGGGGGCGGCUCUUUCCUGGGUGGGGUUUGUGAAGUCGUGGCCCGUUAGCAGGAAGCCGAGCACUCGCCCGGACGCUAGAGAGGGACCCAAUCCGAGCCCCCGGCCCCCGAGUCCGAGCCCUGUGUACAGCGCGAUCUCAGAGCUGCACGACAGUUCCUAGCCAAACUUCACCAACUCCGCUACCUUUGCCGCCACCAUGCCCAAAACGAUCAGUGUGCGGGUGACUACCAUGGAUGCAGAGCUGGAGUUUGCCAUCCAGCCCAACACCACUGGCAAGCAGCUGUUUGACCAGGUGGUGAAAACUAUUGGCCUAAGGGAAGUUUGGUUCUUUGGUCUGCAGUAUCAGGACACUAAAGGUUUCUCCACUUGGCUGAAACUCAAUAAGAAGGUGACUGCCCAGGAUGUGCGGAAGGAAAGCCCCCUGCUCUUCAAGUUCCGGGCCAAGUUCUACCCUGAGGAUGUAUCUGAGGAAUUAAUCCAAGACAUCACACAGCGCCUGUUCUUUCUGCAAGUGAAAGAAGGCAUUCUCAAUGAUGACAUUUACUGUCCUCCUGAGACUGCUGUGCUGCUUGCCUCCUAUGCUGUCCAGUCCAAGUAUGGCGACUUCAAUAAGGAGGUGCACAAAUCUGGCUACCUGGCUGGAGACAAGUUGCUGCCACAGAGAGUACUGGAGCAGCACAAACUCAACAAGGACCAGUGGGAGGAGCGCAUCCAGGUGUGGCAUGAGGAACACCGGGGCAUGCUCAGGGAGGAUGCUGUCCUGGAAUAUCUGAAAAUUGCUCAAGACCUAGAGAUGUAUGGUGUGAACUACUUCAGCAUCAAGAACAAGAAAGGCUCAGAACUGUGGCUGGGGGUAGAUGCUCUGGGACUGAACAUCUAUGAGCAGAAUGACAGACUGACUCCCAAGAUAGGCUUCCCCUGGAGUGAAAUCAGGAACAUCUCUUUCAAUGAUAAGAAAUUUGUCAUCAAGCCCAUUGACAAAAAAGCCCCGGACUUCGUCUUCUAUGCUCCCCGACUGCGGAUUAACAAGCGGAUCUUGGCUCUGUGCAUGGGGAACCAUGAGCUGUACAUGCGCCGCCGCAAGCCUGACACCAUUGAGGUGCAGCAGAUGAAGGCACAGGCCCGGGAGGAGAAGCACCAGAAACAGAUGGAGCGUGCUCUGCUGGAAAAUGAGAAGAAGAAGCGUGAGAUGGCAGAAAAGGAGAAGGAGAAGAUUGAACGGGAGAAGGAAGAACUGAUGGAGAGGCUGAAGCAGAUAGAGGAACAGACUAAGAAGGCUCAACAAGAACUGGAAGAACAGACCCGUAGGGCCCUGGAACUUGAGCAGGAACGGAAGCGUGCCCAGAGUGAGGCUGAAAAGUUGGCCAAGGAGCGUCAAGAAGCCGAAGAGGCCAAGCAGGCCUUGCUGCAGGCGUCCCGGGACCAGAAGAAGACCCAGGAACAGCUGGCCUUGGAAAUGGCAGAGCUGACAGCUCGAAUCUCCCAGCUGGAGAUGGCCCGACAGAAGAAGGAGAGUGAGGCUGUGGAGUGGCAGCAGAAGGCCCAGAUGGUACAAGAAGACUUGGAGAAGACCCGUGCUGAGCUGAAGACUGCCAUGACCACACCUCAUGUGGCAGAGCCUGCCGAGAAUGAACAGGACGAGCAGGAUGAGAAUGGGGCAGAGGCCAGUGCUGACCUGCGGGCUGAUGCUAUGGCCAAGGACCGCAGUGAGGAGGAACGGACCACUGAGGCAGAGAAGAAUGAGCGUGUGCAGAAGCACCUGAAGGCCCUCACUUCAGAGCUGGCUAAUGCUCGAGAUGAGUCCAAGAAGACCGCCAAUGACAUGAUUCAUGCUGAGAACAUGCGACUGGGCCGAGAUAAAUACAAGACCCUGCGCCAAAUCCGGCAGGGUAAUACCAAGCAGCGCAUUGAUGAGUUUGAGUCCAUGUAAUGGGCACUCAGCCUCUAGGGACCCCUGUUCCCUUCUUCCUUUCCCCCAUACUCCUACACCCUUGCCUAACUCACACUGUGCUGGAGCCACUAACUAGAGCAGCCCUGGAGUUAUGCCAAGCAUUCAGUGCAGCUAGGAGACCAAACCUUGCUCUUACUUCCCUGGGAAGUAAGUGGCCCACUAUGGUGCCAAUGGGACCUCCUUUCCCCUCUCUGUCUCAUUUCAUCUGUCUUGCUAGAACAUACCACUUCCCCAGCUCAGAGGCACUUCGUACUUGGUAUGGCAAAUACCUCCACACUUACUGUUGUUCUCUGGGAGUCAAGUGUGGAAUAGGUUGAAAACUAGCCCCAACCCCUGCCCCACCACUGCCUUCCUCUUCAGGGUCCUGUGAUUUGCAGGGUUGGAGUAUCACAGGGUUUAGAGAAAGAGGCAGGGCCCUGGCAAUCUGCUUUAGGAUGCCAACUGACCUAGGAUUUGGCCUCCCAGUGCCCAUCCCUUUUAGAGUUAUUUAGGCUUUGCAAUGAUUGGAGGAUAAAGAGAUGUUUAGUCAUUCUUGUUUCUACCUCCCAGAUUGGGCCUGUCCCGAUAAGCCUUGUCCCUGAGUUUAGGGACUCAGUUUUUCCCCAGGGUGGGAUGGGGGAGACAAUGACUUCAAGAGGCUUCACCAACAUCCUAGAAGGCUAUUGGCCCUUCUCUAAUUUCAGCAAGGCUGAGUAGAAGAUCUGCCCCAAUGCCUUAUGGGAGCCCAAGCCUGUCUCAAGUGAGCUCUAUGGGCAGAGGUGCCCCUUCAUUAUUAUUCCAGGUCCCUGGUCCCUUGUUGGGUUCUGUCCCUCCCACUCCAAUCCCCAAAUUCCCUUCAGCUAGAAUAGUAGGAACAAAUACCCAAAAGCUGAACUAGCCCUAUCAGGACUUUUGCCAAAAAAGAGUAAAUGUUCACACCUGGCUUCAGUAUUUUCCCUGCCAGGGGUUUUAGGUCACUUCCUCCAUCAGAGCUACUUGGGCCACAGUUCCUGCUUCACAGCCAUCUGGGCCUUGGUAUGGUGAGCCCUAGAACUUGAUGCCAGUAGGCUCAACUGGGAAGUAGGGGGGGAAAAGCUGAGGGAAGCAUAUUCCCCUAAUCCCACAGUUUACUCAACCCUCUCAGGUGCCCAAUACACCCUUCCUGUCACCUCCCUCCAAGGAGAUGACUGGGCCCUGCCUCUGUUUGACAAACCUCUAACCCAGGUCUUGCUGCCAGUUGUACUGUCCCUUGGAGCUGUAAACCAGAAAGCUGCUGGGGAUUCUGGCCUGGUCCUUUCCACACCCCCAUGCCUUACUCUCAACCUAGAAGCAGCCCCCUCCUCCUCUCUGACUCAUGUGUGCUCUUUUUCUUUCUACCAGUAUUAUAUAUUCUAGUAAUAUCUAACUCAAUAUUGAUUUCUGCCUUUCUUGCUAAUGCACCAUUAGAAGAUAUUAGUCUUGGGGCAGGACCAUUUUGGCCUCGUUCCUUUACCACCCCCACACCUGGGAUGCAUAUACUAUAUUACAAAAGGAUAUUUUACCAAAAAUAUUAAUGUAAGGGACUUUCAGUAUUAGUGAUGUCAUCUGUCACUAUAGGUCAUACAAUCCAUUCUUAAAGUACUUGGUAUUUGGUUUUAUUGUUCCUGUUUGCCUUCUCCCCAGGGUUCAGUCCCCAAGGGGCCAUCCUAUCCCUCCACGCAGUGCCCUUAGCCCAGAGCCUCCCUCGAUCCCCUUCCCCACCCCACCCCUCUAUGCCUUACCUUGGGGAGUCUUGUGUGCAUUGCUGUGAAUUAUAUUGAUACUCACUUGGUAAUAUACCCUAUAUAGUCUAAAUUCAAACCUGGAAUUAUGGGGCAAUCGAGCUGCCUUAAGGGCAGUAACCCACCCCCAGGGAGGCUGGGGAGAAAGGUUAGAUUUUGUAUUCAGGUGUUUUUUUUUGUGUGUAUUUUUUGGGUUUUUUAAAAAUUGUUUUUGGAGGGAUUUAUGCUCAACCCAUAUUCUAUUUCCGUGCCAAUAAAAUUUAGGAAGACUUCA